AUGAGCUAACCAACCCCUACCGGUUGCUAUUCCCUACACCCACCCUUUCUCUUGGCGGGGUGCAUGCAGUGCUUCCUCUCUUAUAUAAAGCAUAAACUGCGACGUCGCUUCUUACCCCCGAGAUCCCCGUGUCUACCCCGCCCUUGCCGGUUCUCUCGAUCCGUUCGAUCCAGUUCUGAAAGGGGGAGUUCUUGAUCUCUUUUUUACGGUUGCCUUGAUUGUUCUUUUACAUCAUGGCUACAGGACAACUUUUCUCGCGACAAACCCAAGCAUUAUUCUACAAUUAUAAGCAACUUCCCAUCCAAAGGAUGCUUGAUUUUGACUUCCUUUGUGGGAAGGAGACACCAUCUGUUGCUGGAAUUAUUAAUCCUGGUUCUGAAGGGUUUCAGAAACUUUUUUUCGGUCAGGAGGAAAUUGCCAUUCCAGUUCAUUCAAGCAUUGAAGCAGCCUGUAGUGCUCAUCCAACAGCUGAUGUUUUCAUCAACUUUGCAUCAUUUAGAAGUGCAGCUGCCUCUUCCAUGUCUGCUUUGAAACAAUCAACAAUCAAAGUUGUAGCUAUUAUAGCUGAAGGUGUUCCAGAAUCAGACACAAAGCAGUUGAUCGCUUACGCAAGGGCUAAUAGCAAGGUGGUUAUUGGUCCUGCCACUGUUGGAGGAAUUCAGGCUGGAGCUUUUAAGAUUGGUGACACUGCUGGGACAAUUGACAAUAUAAUUCAUUGCAAGCUUUACAGACCAGGAUCUGUUGGAUUUGUAUCUAAAUCAGGAGGCAUGUCAAAUGAGCUUUACAACACAAUUGCACGUGUGACUGAUGGAAUUUAUGAAGGCAUUGCAAUUGGAGGAGAUGUUUUUCCAGGUUCAACUCUUUCUGAUCAUGUCCUGCGGUUCAACAACAUCCCUCAGGUCAAAAUGAUGGUUGUGCUGGGGGAACUGGGUGGGCGAGAUGAGUACUCCCUUGUUGAGGCCCUAAAAGAAGGAAGGGUUCAUAAACCAGUUGUUGCUUGGGUUAGUGGAACCUGUGCACGGCUCUUCAAAUCAGAAGUGCAGUUUGGUCAUGCUGGUGCUAAAAGUGGUGGUGAAUUAGAAUCAGCACAGGCAAAAAAUCAGGCACUAAGGGAAGCUGGAGCAGUCGUUCCCACUUCAUAUGAAGCACUAGAGGGUGCAAUCAAAGAAACGUUUGAGAAACUAGUUGAGGAAGGGAAGAUAACCCCUGUAUCUGAAGUUAAACCUCCUCAAAUACCUGAGGACCUUAAUAAUGCAAUUAAAACUGGAAAGGUCCGUGCUCCAACACAUAUUAUCUCGACUAUCUCUGAUGACAGAGGUGAAGAGCCAUGUUAUGCUGGUGUGCCUAUGUCUACCAUUGUUGAACAGGGUUAUGGCGUGGGAGAUGUUCUCUCUCUUUUGUGGUUCAAGCGUAGUCUUCCCCGCUACUGCACACAAUUCAUUGAGAUUUGCAUCAUGUUAUGUGCCGAUCAUGGUCCUUGCGUCUCUGGUGCUCAUAACACUAUAGUAACAGCAAGGGCUGGAAAAGAUUUAGUCUCCAGCCUGGUCUCAGGGUUGCUGACAAUUGGUCCUCGAUUUGGUGGUGCAAUUGAUGAUGCUGCUCGAUACUUCAAAAACGCAUAUGACAGGGGUCUCACUCCUUAUGAGUUUGUUGAAGGUAUGAAAAAGAAUGGCAUUCGUGUACCAGGGAUAGGGCACAGGAUCAAGAGUAGAGACAACAGGGACAAGAGAGUGCAACUUCUUCAACAAUAUGCUCACACUCAUUUCCCUUCUGUGAAGUACAUGGAGUAUGCUGUUAAAGUUGAAACAUACACCCUCUCAAAGGCCAAUAACUUGGUUCUGAAUGUUGACGGUGCAAUUGGAUCCCUCUUCUUGGAUCUUCUAUCUGGCAGUGGAAUGUUCAGCAAACAAGAGAUUGAUGAGAUCGUUGAAAUUGGAUAUUUGAAUGGACUUUUUGUACUGGCACGCUCAAUUGGUUUGAUCGGGCACACUUUUGACCAGAAGAGAUUAAAACAGCCUCUCUACCGUCAUCCAUGGGAAGAUGUUCUAUACACAAAAUGAUCAAUUCUGGAUACAGCGUUGUAGUUGUUAAUUUUUGGUUUUUCCAGCAUGUUGUCAUUCUUGCAAGGGCCUCGGACUGGUAAACUGCCUGUUGGAAUUUUUUGGACUGGCAAAUCAAAGUGCUCAUUACCCCUUAUCUACAUGGUUUAUUUUACAUGUGAUCCGUAUCACAUGUUUGACAUAUGCUAAGUUAAUUGCAAACAUACCGAGGACUAGUAGUUGAAUCUGGAUGCAUUGUUCUAGCGAAUUGAGCUUUCUGAACUUUUAGAGCAAUAAAAGGCUGAAGAGAUAAUUGGACGCAUCUCAUGAGUCUGUAUCUUUAACUUCACCAAAUUUAGACAUGACUAAAUGCAUCAA